AUGCUGAAGAGCUGCGGGAGGAAACUGCUGCUGUCCCUCGUGGGCUCCAUGUUCACCUGCCUGCUGGUGCUCAUGGUGGAGCCGCCGGGGAGACCGGGGUUGGCCCGGGGGGAGGCCGGUGGGGCGCAGCGGGCGCUGCAGAGCCUGGGGGCGGUGGCGGUGGCCCCCCCAGCCCCGGCGGUGGCGGCGGGGGGGGGGCCCGCCGGUCUCCGGAGCUUCGCCGAUUACUUCGGGCGGCUGAGCCGAGCCCGGCGGGAGCUGCCCGCCGCUCCGCCGAGCCCCCCGAGACCGCCGGCCGAGGAUAUCUCCCCCCGCGACGUUUUCAUCGCCGUCAAAACCACCAAGAAGUUUCACAAGGCGAGGCUGGAGCUGCUGCUCGACACCUGGAUCUCCCGCAACCGCGACAUGACCUUCAUCUUCACAGAUGGGGAGGAUGAAGAGCUGAAGAAGCAAGCACGGAACGUCAUCAACACCAACUGCUCGGCUGCCCACAGCCGCCAGGCCCUGUCCUGCAAGAUGGCCGUGGAGUACGACAAGUUCAUCGAGUCCGGCAGAAAGUGGUUCUGCCACGUGGAUGACGACAACUACGUGAACGUGCGGACGCUGGUGAAGCUGCUCUCCAGCUAUCCCCACACGCAGGACAUCUACAUCGGGAAGCCCAGCCUGGACCGGCCCAUCCAGGCUACGGAAAGGAUCAGCGAGAACAAGAUGCACCCUGUGCAUUUCUGGUUUGCCACGGGCGGAGCGGGGUUUUGUAUCAGCCGGGGGCUGGCACUGAAGAUGAGCCCGUGGGCCAGCGGGGGCCACUUCAUGAGCACCGCGGAGAAGAUCCGCCUGCCCGAUGACUGCACCAUCGGCUACAUCAUCGAGUCCGUGCUGGGGGUGAAGCUCAUCCGCAGCAACCUCUUCCACUCGCACCUGGAGAACCUCCACCAGGUGCCCAAGUCGGAGAUCCACAAACAGGUGACACUAAGCUACGGCAUGUUCGAAAACAAGCGCAACUCCAUCCACAUGAAGGGAGCCUUCUCCGUCGAGGAGGACCCAUCCAGGUUUCGCUCCGUGCACUGCCUGCUGUACCCCGACACGCCGUGGUGCCCCGCCAACGUGGUUUACUAGGAGGCUCGUGUCCCCCUCCAACCUCGUCCCGAAUUUCCCCGGUAUCCGACGGGCGUGCGGGACCCGCGUGCGGGUUGUGUCGGUCCGGCCUCACCGCGAGGCAGACGGACGGACGGACGUCGUUGCUGUGGUAUUGCACAGUGUGUGUGUGUGUGUGUACUGAAGGCUGCUGUGCGGCCCCCGUGUCCCCUGCCCUGCCUGCCCUGCCUGCCCGUGCCCGCUGCCUGCUCCGGCCAGGACGGUGGAGGGGGACGGGUCCUGAGCACUUAACCAUGGGGCACCCCCGCGGUGCUGGCGGGCCCCACGCCAUGCGUGGGGAGCGACCGCAGGCACUGCGGGCCUCUGCCUCCCCCGGGUUUGC